CUUUCUCUGCCUUUCGUUUUGAGGCAGGUUUCUCCGCCUCGGCACUCGUGACAUUUUGAGCCCGCUAAUUGUGUUUAUCCGGGCUGUCCUGUGCAUCCUGGGACUUCGUCUGCGUCGCUGGCCUCUACCCGCUGCAUGCAAAUAGCACCCCCACUCGUGACAGCCGAAAAUGUCUCCAGACUUUGCCCAAUAUCCCCUGCCGGGGAAAAUCGCCCCGCUUAAGAACCGCUGUUUAAAGGUUAGCCUGAGUUUUCGGGAAAUGUCCCUCUUCCAAGAGAAGGAAGGUACGAAGCCGGAAGCAGCGAUGUCUUAGCUACGUGAACGCCUUGCGGCCGGGCUCGCCCCUCGUCCAGAAGCCGUCAGACUGGUCCCGCGUCUCGCGUUGUCCGGAGUCGGAGCCGGCCGGUGACAAGGAGCAGGUCAAGGAAGGUCGCAUUCCAGAAAGCGCCGCCGGGAGGACGUACAGGUGCCACUCGCGUAGCCGGUCGGGGUCUUGCAGCCGCCCGUACAGAGAGAAGGGCUUUGGGCCGUCCGGGAGAUGUGACCGGUUUCCUCGGUACCUAUCCUGUAGCAGGUCUUGCUGUAGGGGAAGGUCGUGUUACAGAAGGGCCUACGCGAUCACGCAGGGGCAGCGCUACUAAGGCUUUCACCCUAUGGUGUACCGCAAAGAACACAGCAAGUGGAGGGAGAGAUGCAGGAAGAGAUCGCAGAGCAGAACCCCCUUUCACUUAAGUGGAAAAGGUAGAAUGGAGCUGAUAGAAAUAGCAAAAGCCAACGCAGCUAAAUCGUUAGGAAGAGCGAACCUUGACUUGCCAGCUAGUCUCAGAACUGUUCCUAUAGCUAAAGAAACAAACUGUGGAACAGCUGUACCAAAUGCUGCAAAGUUUGAGAGUUCAGAUAACGAAACUGAUAAUGAAUACAAUACCUGCGCCAGCAUGACCCAGACAUUACCGAAAAAGAAGGCUAAACGGCUAUGUUAUUUUAAUGACAGAUGGAAGGACACCUACAAUUGGAUUAGGGAGGUAAAUAACCCAAACAGAGCAUACUGCACAAUAUGCAGAAAAGAAUUUGGGGUUGGGCAUGGCGGAGAAGGGGAUGUGAAAAAACACAUGGAGACUGAAUCUCACAAGUCUGGGAUGAGACAAGCAAGUCUUGAAUCAAUUCAAAGUGUUUUCAUUUCCCAAAAAGACAUCAGUGUUCAAUCGAAAAUAGCAGCUGCUGAAUUAGCUUGGGCAUACCACACAAAUGAACAUGCAUUAUCCUAUCGUUCCCUUGAUUGCUCUAUGAAACUGAGUAAAGUUACAUUUCCUGAUUCAGAGGUUGCAACUAAAAUGUCCUGUGGACGCACAAAAGGGGAAAUUUUGAUAACAGAUGUGUUGGCCCCCUACAGUGUAGAGCUGAUUUUGUCAGAUCUUACGAACGAUCAUGGUUUCUACAGUAUAUCAAGUAAUGUGUUGAAUCAUGGCAAUAAAAAAGUGUUCCCCUUAGCUCUUAGGUACUUUGAUUUGAAAAAUGGAGUUUCCAAUCGUCUUCUUGAUUUCUAUGAAGAUUUUAAUGAAACCUCAGAAAACAUAAAACAAAAGAUUGUUGAUAUCUUGUCCAAAUACAAACUAGACUUUUCUCACCUAUCUGCAUAUUCAGCAGAUAGUGCAGAUGUAAAUUACAACAAAUUCCAUUCAGUCUAUAAACUUCUUACCAAAGAAAAUGAAAAGAUCUUACCUGCUGAAUGUCCAGCACACCUUGUACACAAGACAGCUAAAAAGGGGUGUGAUUUGCUUUCCUAUGAUAUUGAGGCUUUCAUAAUGAAAGCUCUUGGUUACUUUUCCGUUUCCUCAAAACAUGCAGAAGCACUUAAUGAGAUUUUUGACUUUGUAGAAAUGGAAGGAGACAGACUCCUUAGACAUGUGCCUACAAGAUGGCUGUCAUUGUUGCCAGCCAUAGAGAAGAUGUUAAACUGUUGGCCUGCUGUGAAGUCCUAUUUUCAAAAUAUGGGAAAAGAAGAAUGUCCUUCUCUAAUUUGGAAAUACAUUGAGGAUGAGAACGAAGAAAAGGAUUACAGUACAACAGAAAUAUAUAUGCUUUUUAUCCAGAAUUGUUUGAUGAUCUUUGAAGAAGCUGUAAGGAGCCUAGAAAAGGAUAAACUGACUGCACCUGAGUUAUUUGAUGUUAUGAGUAAGUUACGACAAAAGCUGACACAGCGAAGAAAUGAAUCAUUUUUUGGGAAGAAGACUGCUUUGGAACUCAAAAAAAUGUCACCAGAAAAGGGCAACCAAGUUAAACAGGACUUUCUCAAUUUCUUUACUAGAACUAUCACUUUUUUGGAAUCCAAUUUUGAUUUUACAAGUUCAAAUUACCUCUGUGCUUUAAAGCCAUUUUCCCUGAGAAAGAGAGGUUUAACCUACGAUGACAUUCAAUGUGCUUCCGAAUGUUUAAAAAUGAUGGAUGUUUUAGAGAUGGAUAGCCUCUAUGAUGAGUUUACAGAUGCAAAGGACCUGAUCGACAAACAGCUGGUGUACCAAAACAAGCCUGUAGAUAAAAAAUGGAUGGACAUUUUUGGAGAGCUGGAAACAAAUUCCUACAAGACUAAAAACCUGCUGUUGCUAGUAAGCAAAAUCCUAAGUAUUCCAUGCUCAAAUGUUUUUGUUGAGAGGAUAUUUAGAUUGAUGUCAUCACAAUGGACUGACACCAGGAGUCAGUGUAAUGUGGGCUUGAUAAGAGCACAGCUGCAAGUCAAAGAGAAUUUUACAUUUGACUGUAUUCAGUUUUACCACUACAUAAAAGAAAAGAAGGAUGUCCUAAAGGCUGCAGGAAGUUCAGAGAAGUACUAUUGGAAAAGGAAACAAAAAGAGUAAAAAUAUCCUACUGUAUUAUGAGAAAAAAGAAACAUGCCCUUGUUUCUUUUUAUCAAAUGCAAUAUCUGUUUUGUUAAUCUUAUUGUAUUUCUGUUCUCCUUUAAAAAGUCUUAUUUUUUGUAUCUUAAUACAGAACAAUAUAACCUACAAAAUUUAAAUAUUCAAUAAAAUUUUAAAAGUUAACUGCUGUAUCAAGACAGAAAUACAUACAAUUGUUAUGUACUUCUUAUACAUUAUUUGUUUAUUUAGUUCUGUUAUUACUAGUUGACACUUUUAACUAGUCCUGUUUACAUAAUUGCAUAUAUGUAACUGAAAGAAUAAUACAAACUAUAUAUUUUCAAGUAAACAGCUAUAUUUUAUA